UCUGCCGUCCCGUCCACGAGGUGCGGAUCCACAGCGCGGGUGGAGAGGGCUCUUUAGACGUGGGCUGGACCGUCCACUGACCAUCAUUACACAGCAGGUCACGGCAGGACACGGUGACAGCAGUCCACGAGGAGAGAUUGAAUCCAGUCAUCACAAUGGCAGACAGUGGGAAGACUAAUGAGACUGAAGCUGCAGCAGCGGAACACACUAAUGGAGAUCAGCAGAAUGUUGUUUCCAGAGUGAGCAAUCUGCCCCUGGUCAGUUCCGCCUGCGAUGCGGUUUCCAGCGCAUAUAGCAGCACCAAAGACAGUGUACCCUUGCUGAAGGGUGUGAUGGACGCUGCAGAGAGUGGAGUAAGAACCCUGGGAGCAGCUGCCACCACCGGCUCCAAGCCUCUCCUGGACAUUAUAGAGCCACAGCUUGCCACAGUAAAUGAAUAUGCCAUGAAAGGACUGGAUAAGAUGGAGGAGACACUGCCUAUUCUUCACCAACCAGCAGACAAGGUGGUGUCGGACACAGUGGGGAAGGUAUACCAAUCGGUGACGGGGGCCAAAGAUGCUGUGGUAGGGGCUGUGAUGGGCGGUGUGGAGCUGACCCGGGCAGCAGUCAGCGGAGGUAUCAGCACCGUCAUGGGCACCAGGAUGGGCCAGAUGGUCAGCAGCGGGAUGGGCCUGGCCCUCAGCCGAUCGGAGAACUGGGUUGACCAGAACCUGCCACUCACUGAGAGGGAGCUGGCUGCCCUGGCUGAAUCUACAAGCAGUGACAUGAUGAGUGCACCAUCACCACCAGCCAGCCCCAGCUACUUCGUCCGUCUAGGAAAGCUGUCUGCCAAGGUACAGGAGCGAGCCCUAGAGCAGUCCCUGAUCCGUGCACGACAUGCCAGGGAUGCCACCUAUGCCGCUGUGGCUCAGAUUACCAGUACUCUGGACCUGUUAGAGAGUGCUCGGACCAGUCUGGGUACCGCUGGUAACCAGACGGGAGGAGCCCCGGAGCAGCUGCUGCAACAGCGGUGGACAGAGUGGAAGCAGGGCCAAGCAGAAGCUGAGCAGACACAGGAGGAGCCAGAUGGAGCCAAGGAUGAGACUGAGCAGCUAGAAUGGCGGGUCCUCUCCAUGGUGCGUGGUCUGAGCAGCCAGCUGCAGUCGGCGUGCUCCAACGUGGUGUCGAGCGCCCAGGGUCUGCCAGGUGCCGUUCAGGACCAGCUCAGCAGCGCAAGACGAUCAGCUGAGGAACUGCACUCCUCCCUGGGGAACACCAGCGCUCUCACACCCCUCCUUCUGGAGCGGAGCCGUCAACAUCUAACUCAGGUUCAGCAGUCUCUGGAUGGUGUCAUGGAGUAUCUUUUGAACAACACUCCUCUCAACUGGCUGGUGGGACCGUUUGCACCUCAGCUGACUGAGAAACCAGAGGCAAAUGUGCCAAAAAAGCAGGAUGAACCACACAACUAGACUUGAUGACUUUGUUGUGUUUCUCCAUGAGUUAAUUUACAAUGGAAACAUAUCAUUUCUGCUAGUUACAGAUGGACCGUUUUGGAAAAUGGACUACUAUAGGCUAUAUCUACAAGCUUUAAUCACAAAUGCCUUCAAAUAACAUUAGAUUUCAUUAAUAAAACCUACUAUACAGAGAGCACAGACACUUAAUAUAAUGAUUCCUAAAAGAGUUUAUAUCCAGCAUUGAUGCACUUUAUUAUAUAUCAUGAAAAACAUUAAAGUAUUUAACAUCUAACGAAGAUGUUAUUUAGAGACAGGGGACAGAUCACACUGUAUUAUGACGCUUUAUAUUGUUUUUCAUUGAAUUUGCCAACAUUUUAGAGGCUUGGAUCCCUUGACAGUGCAUUUCAUUUGUUUUUAGAUAUGCUGUGAUUUUAAUUUCACCUUUUUUUUUUUUUUUUUUGGUCCAAAUGUAUAAAGAGGUGUUGAGGAGCUGUCAUGUGAGUAAACUACAGACACAGCAUGUUCUCAGUGUCAGGCUUGAACAUAUGAAUCAGUGUUGUUUUUCUUUUGGGUCUGGGUGUUGCUGACUGUUUUUGGUCAGGUGUUGCUAGGGUAACCAGGUGUUAUGUGGGGCGCUCAGCAUUUUCAGCCCUUUUCUCGUAUCCUUGUCCUGCUUUUUGACCAAUUUUGAAGGAAAUACAUGAGUGCAAGCA